AUGGCGACGGCUCAGCUAUUGAACCGUGUGAGACGGCCGUCAAUGCUGUCGAAGCUCGCCAAAGCUGAAGACUUAAUUCGUUUCUUUCCCAAUGGGUCAUAUAUCGGUUGGUCUGGAUUCACAGGUGUCGGCUAUCCGAAGAUGAUUCCUACCGCACUAGCCGACCAUGUCGAGAAGAACAACCUACAGGGGAAAUUGAGAUAUACUCUCUUUGUAGGGGCAUCGUCCGGCGCGGAAACGGAAAACAGAUGGGCGCGGCUUGAUAUGAUAAAUCGGCGAUCGCCCCACCAAGUGGGCAAGGAAAUCGCGAAAGGGAUCAACAAUGGCAAUAUUAAUUUUUUUGACAAGCAUCUUAGCAUGUUUCCGGCAGAUCUUGUAUAUGGUUGGUAUACGAGAGACAGGCCCCAUAAUAGGCUUGACGUGGCAGUUAUCGAAGCGUCUGCUAUCACCGAAGAUGGUGGGAUUAUUCCUGGAGCCUCAGUUGGAGCUUCGCCAGAAAUAGUUCAAAUGGCGGACAAGAUCAUUAUCGAGGUCAAUACUGCCGCUCCAUCGUUUGAAGGGUUACAUGACAUUACGAUGUGUGAUAUUCCCCCGAGACGAAAACCAUACCUCAUUAUGAGACCGGAGGAUCGGAUCGGAACAAACUACAUCCCAAUUGACCCGGAGAGAGUUGUUGCGAUUGUUGAAUCAGAUUAUCCAGAUCAGACUCAACCGAAUGCUCCAGCCGAUGAAGCUUCGCGGGCUAUUGCGUCAAACUUAAUUGAGUUUCUUCAACAUGAAGUGAAGAUGGGCCGUUUGCCCAAAAAUUUACUUCCAAUUCAGUCUGGCAUUGGAAAUAUUGCCAACGCAGUCAUUGGUGGUCUUGCCGAGGGCGGUGCCAAUUUUCAGAAUCUGAAGGUGUGGACUGAAGUUUUGCAAGACUCAUUCCUCGAUCUUUUCGACAGCGGCAAUCUUGACUUUGCCACAGCCACGUCCAUCCGUUUCUCUCCGGACGGAUUCAAGAGGUUUUAUAAAGGCUGGGCAAAUUACUAUGACAAACUCCUUCUUCGCUCUCAGCAGGUUUCCAACUCCCCUGAAAUCAUCCGGCGUCUCGGCGUCAUUGGCAUGAACACUCCCGUGGAAGUCGACAUCUACGCCCAUGCCAACAGCACGUGCGUGAUGGGGUCGCGGAUGCUGAAUGGCCUGGGCGGAUCCGCCGACUUCUUGCGCAGCGCUAAAUAUAGCAUCAUGCACACGCCCAGCACACGACCUAGUAAAGCAGAUCCCACGGGCAUUUCUUGUAUCGUCCCUUUCUGUACGCAUAUCGACCAAACGGAACACGAUCUGGACGUUGUCGUCACUGAGCAGGGACUUGCUGAUGUCCGGGGUCUUGCUCCGCGGGAACGGGCCCGCGUAAUUAUCGAUAAGUGCUCACAUCCUGAUUACAAGCCGAUCUUGCAGGACUACUUUGAUCGGGCCGAGUCGUAUUGCCUCCGCAAGGGCAUGGGCCACGAGCCGCAUCUGCUCUACCAGGCAUUCAAAAUGCACCAAAACUUGGAGGAGAAAGGGACUAUGAAGAUUGAUGGAUGGGAAUAG